UGGGGUCUUGAAGAGUGGGGGUUUGAGGGAGGAGAGGGCUGGAAGGCUAAGUGACCGUGCCGAAUGUUUUAGUACAUUGUUUCUGUUUUUGAUGACAUUGACAUGUAUAACUGAAUGUUUCAGUCUAUAAUAAUUGUAGUGAAUACUUCUAAACUGAACUUUUUUUAGCUCCCGAGCGCGGCGCAAACUUUAAUCCCUUGUUUUUUUGUUUUGUUAGUAAAAGACAUAUGCCGCGUGGUUGUUGGUCUAAAGGUUUUGACCGGAGAUCAGCGCGUACCCCAAUUCAAAUUCAUUCACCAGUUGUGGGUCUGGUCGUCUUAGUCUGGACCCCUUGCAAUUCACUCCUGAUUAGCCUUUUAUUAUCCGGUAGAGUUUAAUGCUAAUUCUUCAAGUUAGGUGUGUUGCUUUCAUCCUCCCAUGACGUCAAGUGGAGCUGUGCGAUUGAGCUUUUCGUUCUUUCAGAGUGGAGUUUGACGUGACCAAAAUGCUAGGAAUACAAAUUUUGAUGGGAGGCUGUGAGCUGGAAUAUAAUGAAGUUUAUUAAUUUGUAAAUUGGUUGAAUUUUUGAUGAAAGUGAAGCACGCCCUGAAUUUAGCUCACUAAACGAAUUACUAGUGUUACCAGGCCGAAGACUAAUAUUUACUAAUAAUAUUUGCCUAAGACCGAGGCUAAUACGUACGAUGAACGUAAAUUGAUAUCCUGUAAAGCAGGCGAUGUCUCUUUGAUAUUUUACUUUAAGUAAUUCCCCUCGAGUAUCAAAUUGGCUGAAGUCAUGACAUUUCAAUCUCACAUAGAAGGGAAGAGUCUGCCUGAAAUAAAAGACUAAAUUACCUAGGGAAGUUUCAUUUAUAUUACAGAUUGGUAAUCAAAUAUUUCAAUUGAAAAUUUUCAGCAGCUGAGGAUUGAUGUCGGUGCAUAAAUACCCAUUUUGAGCAGAAUUGGCAGCCCUGAAUGUCAGUGUUGUUGCGAGUGUUGAGUAUCCUGCAGCUGCGGGCAGCCUGUCGCGGUAUCAUCAUCCCCACUCUGAGCUCCAUCACCUGCCCGGCUACCAAGUUACCUAGUGCCAGUGUGGUCAGAAGGAUGAGCAGCGUGGCAGUGCGGCUACUGAACCAGCAGGAGGCGGUCGCGCUCGACCAGGAGCUCUUCACAGCUUACCAGUUCAGCGUCGACCAGCUCAUGGAGCUCGCUGGGCUCAGUUGCGCGCACGCCAUUGCGCAGAAAUAUCCUGCUAGCACACACUCGAAGGUGCUUGUCGCAUGCGGGCCCGGCAACAACGGAGGGGACGGUCUGGUGUGCGCGCGACACCUGCGACUGCUCGACUACACGCCCACCGUCUACUACCCCAAGCGCACCGACAAGCCGCUCUUCGAUAACCUCGUACGUCAGUGCCAGAUGUACGAUAUUGUCGUCUCAGAGGAGCUACCAACACUGCUUGAGAUCGACGGGGAGUUCCAGCUGGUCGUGGACGCGGUGUUCGGCUUCAGCUUCAAGCCGCCCGUGCGGGCGCUCUUCUUGCCCGUCAUCGAGGCCCUCAGCAGGACGAAGGUGCCGGUGGUGAGCGUGGACAUCCCGUCAGGGUGGGACGUCGAGGCAGGUCCUCCCACUGAAGGCUUCGCCAUCGCUCCGCAGAUGCUCAUCUCCCUCACCGCGCCCAAGCUCUGCGCCAGGAGCUUCAGAGGUCGCCACCACAUGUUAGGAGGCCGCUUCGUGCCGCCGCAGCUGGAGCAGAAGUAUCAGCUCAACCUGCCGUCCUACCCCGGCACCAACCAAGUCGUCGAUGUCUCCGUACAAUAGAUUGAUUACCUCUUCAAUAUUUCUCUAUCUUUUCUGCGGUAAAAAGAUCGUCUUUAUUGUUCCUGCAGCCUUUACAUUUCCGUUCAUUUUUAGAAUUGGUUAAGAUUUCCAUAAAUGAAUUUGGAUUACUUAGCAGCAGUGUCGGUCAUUGCUUCGAGAAGGUGAUGGAUUCUUGACUUAUUUCUUUCAACAACCUCCGCUAUUAUGGUUUAUACGUUUGUUGACGGUGAGCACGAACACGCGUUAACUUGUAAGCCAAUAUAG